AUGCUCCGGAGCUCGGCGUGUGCUGCAAGAGCAGCUGGUGGGCUGUCAGCUGUUAGACCGAGGGCUUCGAAUGCCCUUCUCCUCAAGAGCGCGACUACUCUCUCCAAUACUCCUUCCUCGAAUAGAUCCAAGUCGACUGUUGCGACCCAAUCCCCGUAUACACCUUCAUCUUCCCUGACCUGGAGCUCCCAAAAGACCACAAACAUCUCCAGACAACCCCGCUUCACGAGAGACUUCCACGCAACUUCAUACAAAAUGGCGGAGACAAGAGCAGAAACCGAUGCCUUUGGAGAGGUUCAUGUGCCAGCAGACAAAUAUUGGGGGGCACAAACAGAACGGUCGUUAGAGAACUUCAAGAUCAACCAGCCACAAGACCGCAUGCCUCCACCAAUUGUGAGAGCGUUUGGUAUCCUCAAGGGUGCUGCUGCGACUGUCAACAUGAAAUACGGACUUGACCCAAAGAUUGGCAAAGCAAUUCAAGAAGCAGCUUCAGAGGUUGCUUCUCUAAAGCUUAUUGAUCACUUCCCACUGGUUGUCUGGCAGACAGGUUCCGGUACUCAGUCGAAUAUGAACGCCAACGAAGUUAUCUCGAAUCGUGCUAUUGAGAUACUGGGAGGAAAGAUGGGUAGCAAGAAGCCAGUCCACCCAAAUGACCAUGUCAAUAUGAGUGCUUCCUCGAAUGAUACUUUCCCUACCGCAAUGCACAUUGCCGCUGUGCUGGAAAUUGAGAACGAACUCAUUCCCUCCAUCAAGUCUCUCCGAGAUGCUCUCCAAGCAAAAGUCGAUGAUUUCGAGGCAAAGAAAAUUAUCAAGAUUGGACGUACUCAUCUCCAGGAUGCUACACCACUUACUCUCGCCCAGGAGUUCUCAGGAUAUGUAGCUCAGCUCGAUUUCGGUAUCAAGCGCGUCGAAUCUUCUCUUCCAGAUCUUCGUCUCCUGGCCCAAGGUGGAACUGCUGUCGGUACUGGAAUCAAUACUUUCAAAGGAUUCGCAGAAGCAAUUGCCGAGGAGGUCAGCAAAAUGACUGGCACCGAGUUCAAGACUGCUCCAAACAAGUUCGAGGCACUCGCAGCACAUGACGCGCUAGUCCAAGCAUCAGGAUCUCUCAAUACUCUUGCAGGUUCUCUUAACAAGAUUGCUCAGGACAUUAGGUAUCUUGGUUCUGGUCCACGUUGUGGUCUUGGUGAGCUUGCUCUGCCAGAGAAUGAGCCAGGAAGCAGUAUCAUGCCAGGCAAGGUCAACCCUACACAAUGUGAGGCUUUGACAAUGGUCUGCGCCCAGGUCAUGGGUAACCACGUAGCUGCAUCCAUCGGAGGUAUGAACGGACAGUUUGAGUUGAACGUCUACAAGCCUCUCAUCAUCCGAAAUGUCCUACAUAGCAUCCGCAUCUUGAGCGAUGGAAUGGCUAGUUUCGAGAAGAACUUGGUUGUUGGUCUCCAAGCGAAUGAGGACAAGAUCAAGAGCAUUUUGAACGAAUCGCUCAUGUUGGUUACUACACUAAACCCAAAGAUUGGUUACGACAUGGCUAGCAAGGUAGCUAAGAAUGCUCACAAGAAGGGUUCGACUCUUAAGGAGUCGGCUAUGGAGUUGAAGGCCUUAAGCGAGGAGGACUUCGAUGCGCUCGUCCGACCAGAACUGAUGAUUGGUCCUUCAGAGUACAAGAAAAAGGAGUAG